AUGCUUUUGUUUCUAAUAUUUUCUCUAUUUAUAAUUCUUUCUUAUAUCAUUUAUAAUAAAAACAAGAAGAAAAGAUUGUCAUCAAAUAUUUCUCAAUAUGAUCAUGCAAUUAUUAUUGGUGGCAGUUUUGCUGGAAUAAUUACAGCUGUUUAUUUAACAAAAUAUUUUAAAAAAAUAACAAUAAUUGAAAGUGAUGAUGUAUUAAAUGAUAAAUUAAUGAAAUCAACACCUGAAGAGAUUAUGAAUAAUCGUUGUUAUUUAGAAAGUCCAACAUCAUUAGGACGAACAGGAGUUCCUCAUAUUUAUCAACCACAUAUUUUACCAAUUGAAGGACAAAAUAUUUUGAAGGAAUUAUUUCCUAAUUUAUUUUCUGAUUUAUUAGAUCAAUAUAAUAUUUGUCAAUAUUCACUAAAUCAUGGAGCAAAGUUUGUUAUCAAUAAUGUAACAUUAAAUGAAAAUUUAACAGAGAAAAUUCACUAUUUUGCAAUUGAUCGUUUUAUAUUAGAAAUUGUUUUAAGAAAAUAUUUAUGUUCAAAAUAUGAAGAACAAAUUCAAUGGAAAUGUAAUUCGAAGGUAAUUCAACUUUUAACAGAUUCAUCAUUAAAUCUUGUUCAAGGUGUUAAAUAUCGUUUGAAACAAACAUUUGUUGAUAUUUAUGGUGAUUUUAUCAUUGAUUGUACUGGUCAAUAUUCAUCAUCAAUUAAAUGGUUAAAGAAUUCGUUUAAUUUAUAUAUUCCAAGUGAACAAAUUCAUUUUGGUUGUGGUUAUCUUUCAUUUAUUGGUGAAAGAUUUACAACGAAUAAUUCAUCAUUAGAUUCGUUAUAUUUAUUUGUUCAUACAGCAAAUGUUCCUUUAAAUAAUAUUGGUUGUUAUAUUGCACCAAUUAGUGUGAUUAAAAAGACAAAUGAAAAUUCAUUAGGAAUCUUAUCUUCAGUUGGGAUUAAUUCAAAUAAUUAUGAACAUCCACCAAGUGAUUCUUUCGAAGAUUUAUUAGAAUGGAUUAAAGACAAAAUAUCUGUGGAAUGUUAUAUGAUAUUGAAAUCAAUAAAAGUAUUUAGUCCAUUAAUUUCAUAUAAACGUGGAAUGGAUUACAGAAAAUAUGUUGAAAUCUUAGGAAAAAAAUGGCCGAAAAAUUUCAUUUUAUUAGGUGAUUCAAUGUGUGCAUUUGAUCCACAAUUUGGUCAAGGUAUAACUCAUAUUUGUAGACAAGCAAAAGAAUUAAAUAAGAUUUUCGAAGAAAAUUCUUCUGAAUUAAAAGAUAUUUCUCAUAUUUACAAUUCUCGUGCAUCAAAAAUUAGUGAUGAAUGUUGGAUUGCUUCAACUGCAAGUAAUUGGAAAACAUCAACACUAAAAGUUAUUCGAACAAAUCAAUAUGGUGAAACAAAAAUAUUUCGACGAAAUGAAAAUUUUUCGAAUAGUUCAAAAGAGUAUCAACUUAAAACACCGUUCUUAAUUAAAUUUAUGCAAUGGUAUAAUUAUUGGCUUUUACAUUGUGCAUCAAAAUCAGGAAAAUUAUCUACUGAAUUUCUAUAUGUUAUCAAUCAACAUAAAAAUCCAAUUGUUUUAUUUAAACCAACAACAUUCUUUUCUGUUUGUUUUGCUUCUUUUAUGAGUUAUUUUCAUUUAUCAAAGAAACAUGCCUAA